AUGCAUUGCGUUAAUUGUGAAGGUGAACACGCAGCCAAUUCAAGAGCUUGCCCUAAGAUGAAGGAGGAAAUAGCGAUUCAAAAAGUUAGGACUAUGGAAAAACUGAGCUAUCUAGAAGCAAAGAAAAAAGUAAUCAGGCCCAUUCCUCAAAAAUCCUACUCCGAAAUUGCGGCGACCACAAGUAGAAUGCAAAAACCCCCCUUGGGCGGCUCCGAAGAAGACAGGUCCUGUAUGGCCUUAUACCGACUAAUGAAAGGAACACUCUUGAUUCAUCAGCCUGUAACUUUUUCCUGGCUAGAAGCAGUACACCCCCUUUGGUUUGACAAGAUGUGGAUGCAUUAUGCAUCAUUUCGUUGGCCUGAUUCAAAGGAUCUACGUACCGCUGUCAUGAGAUUAGUGUGCCAGUUAACGGAUUUGAUGCAUGACGCUGAACAUUCAACAAACUACGAUAGAAUACCUAUUUGUUGGGAUGAUAACGAGGUUGAAAGGAUCAGGAGACUAAUUCGGAAAUACGAGGAAGGGCAGAAGUUGUGUACUACAAGAAGAUUUUACUAUUGAGCAGUUUUGUAGUGAUAUGAUUAAUUAUAACCUUAGAUCAUUUCUGUGUGAGAUUGCACGGUAUUUACCUCCGGAAAUUAUCCUCAAAUAUAACCUCGUGUAUGAGGAUUGAACACUAUCUGUUUAGUUACUAUACAUAGGAUUAUACAAUGCAUUCAUAUUAAAUAAAUACCUGACAUAUUGA